CUUGUGGGCGGAGCCUCUGGCGGGCGGGGCCGGCUGGAAGGUUCCGCGGCGGGUGGGCGGGGGAGCGAGCGUGUCUGGGCCGCUGCCGUGCCGCCAUGGACUCGCGCAAGCUGAACGAGCUGCGGGCCUUCGUCCGGCUGUGCAAGCAGAACGCUGGACUGCUGCACACCCCGGAGCUCGCCUUCCUCCGCGAGUGGGUGGAGAGUAUGGGAGGCACAAUACCACCUGCUCCAGCCAAUGCUGCCACGGAGGAGACAAGUAAGGGCAAAGCAGAGGAACGCCCAGAGGAGCCGGUUAAAUCACCUGAACCAGAAAGUGAAGAGAGCGACUUAGAAAUUGAUAAUGAGGGAGUGAUUGAACCAGACAACGACGACCCUCAAGAAAUGGGAGAUGAAAAUGUGGAGGUAACUGAAGAGAUGGCAGAUCAAGCUAAUGAAAAGAAGAUGGAAGCGAUAAAUGCUCUCAGUGAAGGGGACCUUCAGAAGGCUGUUGACUUGUUCACAGAUGCUAUCAAGCUGAAUCCUUGUUUGGCCAUCUUGUAUGCCAAGAGGGCAAGUGUUUUUGUGAAACUCCAGAAGCCAAAUGCUGCCAUUAGAGAUUGUGACAGAGCCAUCAAGAUUAAUCCUGACUCGGCACAGACCUAUAAAUGGAGGGGGAAAGCACAUAGACUUCUUGGUCACUGGGAGGAGGCUGCUCAUGAUCUUGCAUUAGCUUGUAAACUGGAUUAUGAUGAAGAUGCAAGCGCCAUGCUGAAGGAGGUGCAGCCAAGAGCUCAGAAAAUUGCAGAGCAUCGACGAAAAUAUGAGCGGAAGCGUGAAGAAAAGGAAAUCAAAGAAAGAAUGGAAAGAGUGAAGAAGGCACGGGAGGAGCAUGAGAAAGCACAGAGGGAGGAAGAAGCAAGACGACAGGCAGGAGGAGCUCAGUUUGGUGGCUUCCCAGGUGGCUUCCCAGGUGGCUUUCCUGGGGCUGCAGGCAUGCCAGGAAUGGCAGGUAUGCCAGGUCUCAAUGAGAUCCUCAGCGAUCCAGAAGUUCUUGCAGCCAUGCAGGAUCCAGAAGUUAUGGUUGCAUUCCAAGAUGUUGCCCAGAAUCCAGCAAAUAUGUCCAAGUACCAGAGCAAUCCUAAGGUCAUGAAUCUCAUCAGUAAAUUGUCUGCCAAAUUUGGCAGUAAACCAUAAAAUCCCUGGUUCUUAAAAAUCAUACCUGAACAGGAAGGAUUGGAUUUGGCUAACCAAUGUUGCAAUAAAAUAAACCAUUUUACCUCUGAUCUUCUUAAGAAGAGAAAUGGGGUGUUCUAAGGAGAACUGCUCUCUAGCCCCAGGUAUUGACUUUAUUCAAUUAUUGGUUUCUAGAACUCAAAUUAUAUUCAGAUGACCUAGUUUUCAACAAUCCCUUCUUGUCCAACAGUUGCAACCUUUCAUUGUAAGUGUUACAGACAGUUUUCUCCAAAUUAACUUUCUUAUAACAAAUUGUAGUAUUCCAGGAGUAUAAGAUAAAAACAUGCUAUUUUUUUUAUUGCUCUCACUGAGCAAAGGAGAAAGAACUUUAACAACUGAAGUCUGGCUUAAUCCCCUUAGGACAGGAAAAUAGCAAAGGUGGGACAAGUCUGAAGAAUUAACUGGAUAAAGGAAUUGUCUGCAAAUACAACUUUUUUUUAUGGGUGAUAGACUUUUUAAAGCUGUUAUCAGUAUAAUUAGGCUAGCUAGUUACACACUGGAACUUCUGGCAGUACUGCAAAUAGUAUAUCAUUUUGAUCACCACAACUGUGCAGCAAAGGUGCAGUUCCACCCUUUGCACAACCUGGCAUGAAGUAUAUAUUGCUGAGGCCACAGAUGUUUUGUUACUUGUUCAGUUCUUGUCCAGCACCUUUACGUAACAUUUUAUUUAUCAGUCUGGGUAUGGGAGAGCAGCUUCCUGUCUGUGCUUGUACUCUUGUCCUUUCCCAUUUGGCAGGCCCUCUGCUGGUUGCACUCACCCUUCCUUGGGGCCAUGCUUACCAGGUUGCAUCUAUUUGGAAACUUUAGGGAAGGAAUCUUGUUCCCAUCACUACCUCUGUCCCACUGAAUGCAAGCCAUCCAGAACAUGUACAUGCAGAGUUACAGGUUGGUGAAGUGGAGAAUACCCAACAGAAUUGCAGCUCUGGGUUCUGAAUCAGUUUGGGUUCUUACAUGCUCGCUGAUUAAAAUUUCUAGGUCCAAGUCCUGCUGUCUCUGUGUCUCUGAUGACUCUUUCUUCACCACAUUCUGUAGUCUUCCAUCUUUUCUUGUAGCCUCUUGUUAAAAAAAAAAAAAAAAUCUGUUGUUGUGGUUUCAUACCUCCAUGGUUUUGAGGCUUGUGAUACAGAGGAAAAGGUGAAGUAAAUGGAAAAGACAGAACAUUCUUCUAAUACAUGCAUUUAUCAGCAUGGGUAUCUUUGAUGCAGUGUCUGUCUUGAUGAUAUUUGGUGGAUUUGGCUACCAAUAAAGACAGUUGUUGCUUCUGUUUGUCUUGGCUAAAAACAACUUUAUGUAGAAAAAAUGACCAGAGUUACCUGUUCACCCCUUGAAUUUUAAGGUUUGUGUUACUCUUUUGUAAUUCUGUAUCUUGAGCCAUAAUUGAUGUUACCAUUUUUAAACAAAUCUGGUUUGAUGUAGGAGCUCUGCAGCAGUUGCAAAAAAGUAAAUCCCCAAAUGCUUUUUCUCCUACUAAUGACCCUGCACAAGGAAAUGUGAAUCUUUUUGCUUAAGAAAUACAGUUCUGAAUACUUCUCUUAGCCUUUAAAAAUAAAGUAUGGUUUUGAAAAACACAGCUUUUUGGGUUUGUGUAACUUUCUGAUAAAAACUAUUUUGCUUAAAUGAAACGUGGAAGUGCUUUAUUCUAACUGUGUAUAUAACUUGUGUUCUAAAUUGGAACAAAAUGCCAAAGGGCCUGUCUUCAUGACCGAAUAAACUCAAAUUACAAUGGUGUGUUGCUGUGUGCAUGGCUUUUGGUCAUAGUCUUGAUCUCCCAUUCCCAAAAAGAGAUAUGUGAAGUAGGUCACCCCUCAAUAUAGGCUAAAUCUUGACUUCUGCAUUCAGGCUAGUGCAUGUGUUGUGCACAAAUUAGAGUAUCUUGAAUAUAGAUUUAUUCCCUACAGUUUCCUGUUAUUCCAACAUGGCUGUUUGUGUCUGUCUUUCCAUGAGUAGUCAAAAGUAGUAAGUUACUCCUAGGUAAUAGAAACAGUCAUAUCUGUGUCCUGCCUGCUUGCUUAUACAUGAGUUGCCCUUACUGAGAGUUGAUUGAUUCUGUAAAAGCAUUCUCUCUCAUUUUGAUGUUGGCUUUAGCAGUUUAGCUGAAUUCUCGUUAUUUGGGAAUAUACAUCCUGUGACUCCCUUGGUGUGUGAGCUUUUUUGGUUUUAGUGCUCUCAGCAAGUAAAUUGAUGAGCUGUCUGGACCUCAUCUCAGUUCUCUGAGUUGGUGUGUGGACAUCUAAGCAGCAAAACUAGUUUAAACAGAAGUUACAAGUGCAGAAAGCUAACUGCACGAGAGAUGAGCAAAGACAGGAGGUUCCAAAUGUGGGAUGUAAGUAGCUAAAUGAGGAAGUUGUUAUUUUCAUUGAUUGCUCCUGUAUUUCCCAGCAGAUCCUUCAGGUUAUUUGUGUGAGUCCCAGUGACUUGACUGUCCUCUCCGGUUCAGCUGCUGCCCCAAGGGAAAGCAAGUGUCAGCUCAGUUGCCACAUCCAGGCUGUUCUAGUUCACAGGGAGUCCUUUUGCAUAGUAAUGUGGAAAAUGCAAAGCUUGGUGCCUUUACCAGAAAUUUUUGGAAAUUUUAUCUCCCUUCGUUGUUGGUACUUGUUGAGGCGGCUUGGUUUGUCUUUGUGGGAAGGCAGUAACUGGAUGAGUAGGAGCCAGACACUCAAAGUUGGAUGAAGGCAGAUGGGACAAAGCUAGGUAGAGCAGUGAUAGGCCAGAGGAGAAUGGGUCAAUGAGUAUUAAAAAGCCACAUAAAACUAUGUUACAGCGACAGCCUUUUGCAAGUACUAUAUUUAGUUUAGAAUGUCUGUCUUUAAAUGCCGCCUUGUUUUUAUUGUGUGUGAUUUUCAGGGCUUUUGCAUAAGCCACACUCUUGCAUACCUGUACAUCCCUCUUCUGUGGAAUGGAAGAGGAAAUAAGAUUGUUAUGGGAGCUCAUGGUACCUGCUGUCCAAGCAGAAUCCUUCAUCCAUAUGGAUGGCAGACUCUGGACACAGCCAGGGGGAGCUGGAGCCAGGUUAGCCUUGGCAUGUACCUUCCUAUGGAUCACGGCGUGCUGCUGACUGGAAGGGUUUGGAGCCUCUUUGAAAUCCCCCAGGGCAAGUAUGCUGAGGGAUGCUAGUGGCAGAGGCCUGGAGGGUUGUUUCUUGUUUGCUCCAGGGCAGUCUGACCUGGCAGUUAGUGGUACUGACAAUGGUUGGUAACCUGGAGCUGGAGGGUGGCUCACUAAGCCAACGGUAGCAGUGGUUUAUUUCUGAUGCCUAGAGAAAGGUGUCCUGUGAAACACAUUCAGAGCCCUGCAGAGGUGGGCCUCAACCUUGCUUCACACAUGAUGGAGUGAGGGCAACAUUGUAGAAAGUAAUUCUGGAUUACCAAAGAGCUGAAUGGAGUAAAAAAUGGUGGUGUCCAAUUGAAUGCAGACACCUCCAUGUUCAGUACCACAAGACAAAUCAUAGGAGGUCAGUAGUGAUAUAAGAAAAUGCAAAUAGAGUGGAAGCAGGAACAGUUUUAAUGUGGCAAAUAAAUGAAGCAGAUCAGGUGGUUGCUGGUAAAUCUGUACUAUAGAACAAGAAAAAAAAAAUUAAGCAGCCGGGCAACAAGUCACUGAUCACUUUAUGAAUCAAAGCUUGGGUACAUCAUACUCACUUGAUGUGACCCUCACAAACAGGAACUUCACGUACGACAAACCUUUCCUUGUCCCUACUGACUGGAGGUCCCAGAGAAUGUAAAUACCAAGGACUCUCCUGUAAAUCUGAAUCUUGAUGACUAACCAAAUCCAGAUGUUCAUUUGUAAAUUUGCUAACAAAGUGUUACUACUGUAUUUGUCUGCUUACAAACACACUUUUGAAAGCUAUAUCCUAGAUGUAUGAUCUCAGACAAGCUUGAGAUCUUAUCAAUAAAUAAAUAAAUGUA